AUGGACGAACAAGGAAGCAAGCUAUUCGCUGACUUUUCGGGCCAGUAUAAUAUUACAUUGACGUCUACAAGUAGUCAAAGUUCACAUUCGUUCACCUCCAACGCUGACAGAUUUCGACUUGAGCAAGAGAUAGAACGUGAGGCUGAGAAUAUUACGUUUGAUCCGGACGAUAGUGAAUCAGAAGAUGGAGACGAAUUGGUCGCAUCGUACUUUUCCGACCCUAAAUCAGCUGAUGUAGAGGAUGCAUUAAACUUGGGUACUAUUGAUUAUUCAGAUAUGGAUCGACCGUUCCUUGAGACUCCGGGAACCGGAACAUUUACGAGUGCGUCCCAAACGGGAGCUCAUCUGUAUCGAAAAAUACGCCUAGAAGAUGAAGAUGAUUAUACAAGUCCUGAAUUGGACUAUUUUGAUCAGUUGGUGAGCCCAUUUCAAACAAAAGCUCAUAAUUUGCCAGUGAUUGGGGAAAAUAGUGAGAGUGAUUAUAGUUAUGAUGACAGACCUAAUAAAAGUCACGAUGGCGACGACGAAAGAAGUGAACGAGGUAGUGGUCGCUUAAAUACUGUUAGCUUGAAUCAGCAAGCUAUUAAACCUGCAGUAGAAUCACCUUCACUUUCUACUCGCUACAUCCUUUCAGAUUUGAAAGGCUCAAGUGAGCGAGAGUAUCAAGAGGCAAUUGGUGAGCAUAGCAUGGUAGAUGAGGAUGUAAUUUCUCUGGGCUAUUCCAACACAAUACGGGAAAGAUCGCGACGAAGAAAAAGAAUAGCUAUGCCCGAUAACCCAUCAAAUACUCAAUCAAACCAAAUUUAUAAUGAAGGAGAAAAUCAGCAAGAAGGUCAAGAGGGCACAGAACUGCAAGAACAAAUAUCUCAAGAAGAUGAACAAACGUCUCAUCUAGAAGAUGAAUAUAAUGAUCGGAUUAAAAGGCAAAAUGAAAAAAUCCGCAGAAAAAAAGGGGAAGAAGAAAAAAUACGCAUACAAAACGAUCACAAAGAAACCCUGCGGAAACAAAAAGAAACAGAGGAAUUGAUGCGUAAACAACGCGAGCAAGAAUUAUCACAGCAACAAAAGGCACAAGAUGAAAAUGAAAAAUUUAAAAGAGAACAGGGAGAAAAAGAAAAUCAAGAAAAAAUUCAAAGAGAACAUGAAGAAAGACUUAAACAGGAAAGAUUAUUAAAACAAAAAGAACAAGAGGCACUACGCGUUGCUAAACAGCGUGAAGAGCAGGAAUUACAAAAACAGCAACAACCUUCUCGAAAAACACCACCACCUGAAUUAAUUCCCGAUAAAGUGCAAACUCCUAUUAAAUCCAUGAACUCUUUUCGAAUGUUUGAUUUUUCUUCAAACGCAACUCCAGGAAAACCAGGGCCAGACCGAGAUUAUCGAAAUAUGAGUAAUUUACAUGGACCGAUUGCAGCGUUACAAACACUAACCGAAAAUAUCCGACAACUUGAAUCAGAUAAGAUAGAUGCCGAAAAUAAGAAUCAAGAUUUACUAAAAGAAAAACAGAAAAUAGACGAAAAGAUUAUUGAAUUGACAUCCGAAAAUCAAAAAGCUAAACAACAAAUUACUCAAUUACAGACGAAUAAUAAUCAAUCUAAUCAACGGAUUAUCGAUUUGGAAUCGGAAAAAAAGAAAGCGCAUAAUCGGAUUGCCGAAUUGGAAACAGCAAACCAAAAUAUUAAUCAGCGAAUAGUUGAAUUGGAAAAAGAAGUUCAAAGUGCACGCCAAUUACUACAAGGAGAAAAAUCGAAAAAGCUUCCCGAUCCCGUUGAACCGAAAGACUCAGGUAACCAGAAUUCGAAUGUUAAUCAAGAGUUGAAUGCAUCAGAAAAAGAAAGAUUUGAAGCACUCGUUAUUACGCUUAAGGAAGAAAAUGAUGCGUUAUUUCGACAAUUGGAAUAUAAUAAAACCUUUACACAAAGAGUCUACGAAGAGCGUAAUGAAGCCCAAAAAGCAUUAUUAUCCACACAACAAGAAAUAAUAAAAUUAAAAGAGGAUAUUGAAAAAUUGAGAAGAUCCUCCUCGUCGCAAAAAAAAUCUCCGCUUCAAACAAGUUCCCAAGCGCCAAUUUUCAAUUUUACUCGAGAUUUUUCACAACCAUCAUCUAAAUAUAAACAAUCAGAAGGUAAUGAGUUUGCGAAACCUGGAUCUUCAAAACCAAUGAAUACAUUACAAGAUGAAAUUGUAGAAUUUGAGCAACAAGAUGAAAACACAUCGGAUUUUGAUUCUGAGGGUGGAAUUAAUUCGGAUGAGCUUCAAUACAUUCAAGAAGAAAUUAAUGCCAGCCGUCGAAAGCGUGAAGCUGAAAGCAAUGAAAAUAUUAAUGAGGAAGAGGAGAGAGAGAUUCGAAAUGUAAGAAAAUCUCCAUCUGUUCCCGAAAAUGAUAAUAACCGAAAUCAAAGAGCCAGAAGUCCUCAAAUCUUUAAAAACAAAGAUUUUUACCAAGAUUUUGGCCAAAGAUCUAAUAAUGGAAGAGAAGAGAUGGACACAAGAAAUUAUACAGAACAUCAUCACAAUCAAAAACAAGAAAAGAAAUAUUAUCGUAAUCAAGAUCGGGACAAUGGCAUAAAUGAUGAGGAGUAUGAUUUUGAGGAUUAUCGAUAUCGCGAUGAAUUGGAAGAAGAUGCUGAUGAUUCUCAUGAUGAGCCUCUUCCUAGUCAUCCAAUGUGGAGAGAUGUCAAAGAUAAUAAAUCGUAUCUCCGACGAAGGGAUCAGAACACGAAUGAAUCCAACCGCCAUAAAGAGCCUUCCACAAAACGACCUAACGAAAUAGCGAGGCAUAUACCCUUUAUUGUUGGAACGGGUUACGGAAAAUCACAUUCGGUUACUGUUAACUUACAACGGGCAUUUGACAUGGUGAAAAAUCAUAAUCCCGGCUCAUGCUCUGUUUGCAAAAAGAGAAAAAAUAAAACUUUAAAUGACACUAAAGAACAGAAACGUGGUGGAAAUGGUCCACCUGUUUCACCAUUGGCUGGCGUUAUCAACGAUCUUACCGACGAGUUGGGACAUUAUAAAAUGUAUUAUAAUAACCUAGCUGAAGAAUAUCAAAAGAUGGACUUAAUAGGGAAUAAAAGCAAGAGAAAUGCGCUCAAAGACAAAAUCAAAGAGGCAAUGGACAAUAUGGAAUUAAAGGGAGAGAAACGACACAUUCUACUGGACAUUCUAAAUACACAUCUAGAUCGAAAUCUGUGCCAAGAGCUGAAAGUCUAA